AUGCAUUUUGAUGAAGACUUAGGUCCAUGGUGCAGCGAUGAUUAUAGACCUCGUUCACGAUAUCAUAGUUAGAUGACAGUACCAGUACAUAAAGAAAAGACAGAAAUUAAAGAAACUCAUUAAACAAUUCAUUCUAUAUUAACAGCAAAGAAAAGUGAAUUACCUAAGUUAAGGUUGAAUAGUAUAUCACCAAGAUAAGUAGUGAAACAAUAAUAUAUCAAUAAAUUCAUUAAGAUUAAGGAAUCUCCAAAUGAGAAGCAUUUUUUACCAUAACUCUCCCUAAUAAAGAUGAAACCUCAUCAUACUAAACCUAAGAAUCGAAACACUGA